GUUGUGCAGUGCCACACAGUCAUAAGUGAACAGGGAGUAAAGCGGUUUGUUUUGCUUAACCCAAUCUGUCUGCCUCUUUAGUCAAUGUUUGCAACCUGAAAAUAACAUAUCACUAUUUAGACUACCUGUCUUUGUUUGAUAUACAGCCUAAAUAACACGCCUAAAUAGGCCAGUUUCUGUUAUGCUUGCAGUCAUGUGAAAAGAUAAGUACUCCCCCUGGAAAGUUGUCUUUCUUUGUACAUAUUUGGAUGGUUAUUUGAUCUAAAUUCCAAACACAUUAAUUUAUAAAGGUAACCAAAUUGAACAAAUGACACCAACAAAGUUAAGCUUUGCAACUAUGUAUGGAAUAAAAAAUUGACUCAAAUCCAAUUUUCUGAUGCUGACAGAGUUCGUUCUCCCCUACAUUUACAUCAAACGAUACUAUCGAAAAUUGUUUGAUUCUGGCAAAAAAUACCUGAUUGGGAAUCCGCUACGGUGAGCCUAUGUGAGCCAAAGUCAUAAAACAGAUUGUCCUAAGAAUGUGGUGUCAACACGUUAGUUGUUGAUGAUGGGCAGACGGGAAACAUGCUGGCUAUGUCUAAUGAACAACAACCACAAUAAUGUCUGCAGUCUGGCAUCACUCUACACUUGAAACAGAUGCUGGUGGAACUGUUGCUAAGUUUGCAGAACAAGUGUUUCAACGGAUCGUAGUAGAGAAGUGUAUGAUAGCUAACUAAUACCAGGCUAAUACAGAGAAUACAUCACUUAACUGUGCGAUUUCUGAUCUUCAAAUUUAUUCGGAUUCAUAACUAGCAAGCCUACGUGUUUGAUAUGGAAGCUUUUCCAGGUAGUUCCAUCUUCAGUUGAUCUCCGAAAGUAAUUAGUUAUCUUGUGAUCACAUUUUGAUUGAACAACAACAAGCUAAACAUGCCAAUUCACAUGGAAUGGUAUAAUUUCAACCAAUUAUCAAUAAGAAAAUGCCUGUUUAAAUUUAAAGAAAAUGUGUCAGUUUGUCGCAUCCCUAAUUGUCAAUGUACUAACCUAUUUGUCCAAUACAGUAGAUCAGUAGAUGAAAUGGGUACAUUCUACAUUUCCAUAGAAUUUGGAAAUGUAGAAUGUAUCUCAAAUGCCUUACACUCCAUGAACACCCCAAGGUAGAGUAUUUAAACAUAUUUUGAGUUCCACUAAAUCGUAAAUAUUGAGAAAGUUGUUAAUAAAACGCUAUAUGACGUACAAUUCAGUUAUGUUCAAGAAUUAUGUCAGUCGUAGCUUGUGCCAACAAAAGGAAAAUUGCAGUAUCGGAUCCGUACUUGGUAUUGGCAGUUGCUCAAAGUUCACUACUCGGAAUUGGUGUCAUUGUCAAAGUGAAUGUGUCCACUGUAAGAAAGAGAGAGUUCAGGAAGGAAGAAACCUCAGCCCUCAGAAAAUAGUAUCAAGACAACUGGGUAAAGAGUAAAACUAUUAGAACAAUGUGCUCUGGACAGAUGAGUCAAAGGUGGAGUUGUUUGGCUGCAAUGCCGGGCACCAUAUUUGGCAAAAAAGAAACACUACAUUUGAACAUAAGAACCUCAUACCAGUGGAGGCUGUGGCAUUAUGGUUUUGGGCUGCAUUACUGUCUCAGUACCUUGCCAACUUGCCAUCAUUGUGUCAACCAUGAAUUCCAUACUGUGCCAGAGGAUUCCUGAGGAGAAUGUGAGGCCACAUGACACAGUUGAAGCAGGACUGUAGUGUCCUUCCAGUCCCUGAAAUAGACUGGUGGAUAAUUACAAGAAAGGACAAUGUUCAUUUAUUCUGUGCGGGCCGUACCAGUUGUUGAAACUAGGGGUGUACUUAGUUUUUACAUGCUGUGAAAUUGCAUUUCUGCCUGUUUUUGUUUAAUUAAUUAGGCUAUUGCAAAGUAUAAUCUUUAAGUGUCAUUUGUUUUAUGUGUUGACCUUUAGCAGAUAAAGUGAAGAUUAUAUCUAUGUAUUCAAAUAUGGGGGAAACAAAUUGAUUUUGGUUACUUUUUCAUAUGACUGCAUGUUUGUUAUAGAGCCCUGUUACAAUUUACAACAAACACGUGCAUUUUACCUAUAGCAUGUUGAGAUGUGUAGAGUUGGCCUAUAGGGAGUUUGUAGAGUUAUGGGGACUUUCUUUUUAUAUACAUUUUUUGGAAUUUUUAUUCAAAUAGCUGCAGGUUUUUUGGUUCUGCUUCAGAGUAAUAAGGCAGAGAUCACAGUAGAUGUAUCAUAUCAGUGAAGAUAUAAACAUGAGGGAGGAAAAUAAAUAUGAGCAGAAGCUUCAGGAUUUAUUGUUCCAAAGCAUAAAGGUCAGAGAAAAGCCAGCUUCUCAGGCACUCAAACUCAUUUUGUGUUGUGCAACACGACUAAAGCAUUGGCUAUAGGUUCUUAAAUUGCCACAUUUUACAGCUUUCUGGGUUUGUAUCUCGGGUACGAUAGCUCUGACUGAACUCUGAGCCAAAUGUAGUGCAGCAGAUUGAGACUGCUGAGGUACUUUAUGAUUGGUGGAGAAGGAGAGAUCUGUGUUAUUGGUUCGUUUUGUUUAUGCACACAAACAUACUGUCAGACUGCCAGACAGCCAGACAUUGUGCCGGCUUACUGCUCCUUCUCUCCAACUUGUCUCUCUGACUCCCAAAGACAACCACUGUAAAUGGAGUUGGUCAGGUUCCAGUCUCCGUGUCUAUGAUGACCCCCAUGGUGGAGAGUCCCCAGACACAGCAGGUCCUCAGUCCACAGCAGGUCCAGGCCCUCCUCCAGCAGCAGAAAGCACUCAUGUUACACCAGCAACACAUACAGGAUCUCUGCAAAAAACAGCAGGACCAGUUCAAUGCCCAGCUCUUACAGCAGAAGCACGCUGAGAAGUCAGGCCAAGAGCAGCUAACAGCCCAGCAUGUGGCCAUCCAGCAGCAGCUUCUGCAGGUCCAGCAGCAGCACCUGCUCAGCCUGCAGAGACAGGGUCUCCUGUCGGUCCUGCCUCCAAUGAGCCCCUCUGCAGCACAGGGUUUAUUGAAAUGGUGUGAGAAUGACACCAGCCUGCCCUCUGCUGGCGAGAAUCCACUCUCACUUCAGAAGAGCCAGCUCCAAAGCCAGCAGCCCACUACCAAUGGGAAUCAUAAAUUACAAGCCCAAAAGAAGCGAGACAGUGCUUCUGUGGAUGAUCACACACCAAACACUCACCCUCUCUACGGACAUGGCAUGUGCAAAUGGCCUGGUUGUGAGGCUGUCUUCGGAGACUUUCAGGCUUUUCUCAAGCAUCUGAACAGUGAACACAUCCUGGAUGACAAGAGUACAGCACAAUGCCGGGUGCAGAUGCAGGUUGUUCAGCAGCUUGAACUGCAGUUGAAAAAAGACAAAGAGCGUCUGCAAGCCAUGAUGUCUCACCUCAAGUCCUCAGAGCAGAAGUCACCACCAGCCCCUCCACCGGCAACUCUGAUGCCCAACCUCUCCUUCCCCAAGGUUAUGUUUCCCAAGGUGCUUGCUCCCAUGAGCUUGUCUCAAAGUGCCACGGCUCCUUCCACCCCGCUGACACCACCUCCCACCUCCUCCUCCUCCUCUAUCAUCACUCCCAACACCGUGCUUACUGUGAGCCCUGGAAGGAGACGCUACUCAGACAAGUACAGCAAGACCAUGAAUGAAGAUAUUGUUCAGAAUAAAGAGUUUUAUGUCAGUACGGACAUUCGACCUCCAUUCACAUAUGCGGCCCUAAUAAGACAGGCGAUAUUUGAAUCACCCUAUAAACAGCUGACACUAAAUGAAAUCUACAAUUGGUUCACACGAACGUUUGCAUAUUUCAGACGCAAUGCAGCAACAUGGAAGAAUGCGGUGCGACACAACCUCAGCCUCCACAAGUGUUUUGUGCGUGUGGAGAACGUGAAAGGAGCUGUGUGGACUGUUGAUGAGAUGGAAUUCCAAAGGAGGAGGCCCCAGAAGCCUGUCUGUGAAGGGUCUCUCAAGAGAGAGAAUACUGGCCAUGGUCACACAUCAGCUUUCCUUACUCCUAAACAGGAGGAGAUGAAUGCAGCUGUCUGGUAUGGGAAUGGGUCAUACAGUGACAGCAGUGAAGAACAAUACCCUGUUCACCCACUUGUAAAAGAAGAGCAAAUGGACGACGAGGCGUACGAGAAUGUGCCCCACGACUGUUCUGAGACUGAGAGCUCUGAUGAGCACAGCUCAGAUGUGGACCAAGACGGCGGUAGCCAAGAGAGGACCAACCUGCAUCUGGCUCAUGUGCCUUCGCAAUGAGAGACGGUGUUCCGAGCUGUCAGCCUCCACUGCAAGACUCCCACAUUGGACAACUAUGAAACACACCAAAUUCCUCUGAACGUAUUCAUAUCAAGUGGAAGCACACAGCUUCUUUUCUGGAGGAAUUAUAUGACUUAUUUAUUGAGGAUGUUUUAUGUCGUCACUGUUAUCCCGGCGUCCUUCGUACUCAGGUUUUAUCCGAUGCAGCUCACAUUAAAGACAACAGAGAGAUGGAGGGAGCUUUGUAACACCCUGGUCCUAAUGUUUCUUUAUCAGUUUGUUUUGAGACUGUACAACCGACGGUAAAGCCUAAUGGAGAACUGGGUCCGUGCUACAUAUUUCAUUUUUCUUUCAUGCAUUUUUUUCUCCACUCUUUCAAGAAUGUGCGCGUGUUAAUUACCAGUGGACUGCACCUCAUGAAGAUGAAUGUUGUUUUUUUUCACCCCCAAAUUAUAUUUUACUUGGUAAAUGCCAGGAAACUACCAGAAUGUAAUCCUCUUGCAUUUCCGACAUGUGAUAUCCUUGAGAAUUGGUUACUUUAAAGGGAGCUGUACACUGCCAAAAAUAUGAUAUUUGUAAUGGUCUAUCUGUUGGGAUGUUAUUAUUUGUGUAGCAUACUAACUGUCUUUUUCCUCACUAUCCCUUUGGUCUUAUUUAGCUUUGUAUUGUACAUUGCCAUAGUUGUGCUCUAAAAGCUGUCAAUAAUACAUUCUGUAUGAACACCUUGUUUGUGGUGAAUGUGUUUUGAACAUCCAUCAUUGUGUUUAUUUGCACUUGUGCCCUGUGUUUGUGCUGUGUUUGUGCUUUAGCAUUUUGGUAUUGGCACUUUUUCAAUAGUCAAUAUAAUGUGUGAAUGUAAUUGAUGACAGGAAUUUCAGUUUAGACCACAUAAUCAUCAAUAUAGGUACACACUACGCAGAGAUUAUUAGCCUAUAAUGGGUUCUAUGGAGGCAUCUGAUCAGUGCUAUGAGGUUGUCAGAGUGAUAAAAUCAUGCUCAACAUUGAA